AUGUCACCAACCGAACCCUCCGACGAGCCCUGGCAUGUGGUGGAUCGUCGCACGCGGAAGAAUCAGGCUCUGUUACAAGCAGGGCCCAGUGGCAGAGCUUCGCCAAAAACUCAGCUUCCAUCACAGACAGCUUCAAACGGCCAAGGUCUAUCGAGAUACCAGCCUGCAUCCCAGAUAGUUCCCAAGGAUAGUGAUUCACAGAACCCUCAAUUUCCCACACGGCCAGCCCCUACCUUUCCGAGCUUAUCAAAUUCUCAGUUUGUGCUGUCGUCAGCUCCCAAUGGCCGUGUCCCGUCCAAAAUCCAGGCUCACUCAAAAUCAGCUCCGAAGCAGAAGGAAGACAUCCCGUAUGAGAUCAAGAAUGCGAGGGAGUGGGACCCGAAGAGACGACUGCAAGCUGACUCCUCAUCUGAGAGCUCUGACGAUGACGAUUACUACGAUUCAGAUUAUGAUGAAAGCCAGCAAGUUUUCGGAGAUGGCUCCCGGACCAUGGCAGACGAUGUGUUUCAGCCUGUGACCAACAAAGGCUCCCAAUCCAAUGCACGUUCUCAUGGGCGACCGCCAGCUCAACUCAAACCCUACCCUCACCGCAAGCCCUCAGGUCAGCGUCGAGCACAUCGGCGGGUCAAUUUCAACUACAACAAAGAUAACCUAGCUAGGGCCGCCUUCCGGAAGAGACUAGACCCUACAGGAACAUUCAUGCUACCCAAAGACUGCUCUGAAAUUGAGCCGAAUCAAAAGAGAAUGUACGAUAUGUUCGACGAGAUCGGGGUUCGUCUGCGAUCGUUCAUCCGCCCACCUCAGCACGCCAAGGAUCGUGAGCUUCUUCUGUGGGGAGACGCUCGUCAAAUUCAGGCCACCAAAGCCGAGCUUCAAGGGCUUGUCAAUCGUUUCAUUGGCUUUCCGCAAAAGUCAGCCAAGGAAAAAUUCGCCAGGGAGACAUCAAGUAUAGGUGAUCAGUAUCACCGAUCGAAUAAGAAGAUGCAGAAGGAGACAAAGAUUCUAGAGUUCCAACAAGUGCCAGCAGAAGACCGGAUCUUCCCAUAUACAGGUACUUUUCUAUGGCCAAUCGACGAGGUACGGCCGGAAGAUAUUCUAGGUUCGAGCUUGGAGGCAUUCGAUCCCAUUCGCUUCCAAUACCAAUGCCACAUCGUCUUCGAUAACAAACUUUCAUCCUUCAGGAUCUUCAGCGACAAAGAAGAGUCUGUGAAAAGGACUAUGGAUCGUAUUGAAGGGACGAAGAGAGAGUACGUUGCAAAGAUCGCCCAACCUGAUAUAAUAGUUCUGGUAGAGCCACCAAAUCCAUCAGCGAUCAGGAAAGAUGUCAAGGUACUUCCUGCCUCCCUCAGCGAUCCGAAGAUAGCCAUGAGCAUGAUUCCUGUGUUGACGGGGAGUACACUGGACCGGGAGGCUCGCAAAGAAUGGCUUAAUGAGAGUAAUGAAUUGACGAUGAAGAACAAUCGCCGCAUGGAGCUAUCACUACGGAAAUGCAUUGGAUAUCUACCUCACUACCGUGGUCUGGUCCGAAUGCGCAUUCAAUUUGGGACAUUCGCAUUGAAAGUAUUCCGUUGGAAGGAAGGGGCAGAUUCCAUUCCCUUUGAAGAUUUCAUGAAUAAUACGACUAUGUCAGAGACGAAGGGCGUAAUGAUUAGAGAUCUACAAAUUAAGAAAGACGCAACGACGAUCAUAGCCCAAGUCCAAAAGGCCACCGAUCUUUUCCUACCGAUGGACAGCUCCAGCACUUCUCUUGAAGAGGUUGUGCCGUCCUUCAGCGCUUGCUUCGAAUUCAGGAACCCGAAUAGCCCAUCAAUGAACUUCACGCUCGAAAUGAGCAGUACUUCCGCGGCUCCAACCAUCUACGAAAAAGUCCAAGAGCUGUGGAUAAGGACGGAUCGUCGAGGCAUUGCGGUUCCUUUGGAAGCAUUCAUGGUUAGACUUGAUAGUGGGGUUUCUUGGAAGCUUAACGUCUCUUCCGAAAACAGUAUCGACUCCAGUCGAAUCAAUCCUCAAAUGAUAGAAUUCGCGGAGAGUGUCAAGCUAUCGAAGAUUCCAAAGGCCAGGACUGAGCUCACUGGCCAAAAAGUGUUCACAUGGAAGAAAGAUCUCUCAGGCAUUAUGCAGCCCUCGACAUUCCAGCAAAAGACAGCUAUGAGAUAUCGACUAGCCCAUCAACCUGAGUGGGAGUUCGAGCUUGCCCGGUACGACAACUAUGGUGAUCCAAAGAACGAAAACGUCCCGGCGGAGACGAAUUGGGGCGCUUCACUAUAUAACACAAACUGGGACUCCAUUCUCAGGCUCAAUUCCACCUUAAGCAUUGGUGAAGCAGCUAGAUGGGACCCAAACCUCGAGACUUUCUUUCCGUCGAGACCUGGCACUGUCGAUAUGGAAGGAGUGGGAGGAGCGGAUCCUCGGGUGAUAGAUUUCUUAAAGAAUGUGGAAGUCGUCACCAAAUUCAUUGACUGCAUCAAGAAAGAGCUGCCCCAUCUCAGAGGGUAG